AUGAGGGCGAGCCUAGCGCGACAUGCCCGACAUGUCGUCGUACGGCAGGCCCACGCGCCAUCGUGCGCUUCGUACGCAGCAACGCGAAGACGGCCGGUAUUAUCGGCAAGGCAGCAAACGACGACAAUGGGAUGCCGGAUGUUCAAGAGGACCUUUCUCGAAUUCCUCUUCAAAAAGGCACCCCGAGAGAUCCGCCAGCCGGAGUACGAGCCCGGCUGGAUGCAGGUCAUGGUGUGGCGGAGCCGGAUGCUCGACAAGCUGCGGCCCCCGACGCGCAAGGAGCUCAUGACGGCGUGGAGGAGCCUGAUGCAGUCCAAGCUCAAGAGCAAGGUGCCACUCAACAGCACGCAGGCGCUGCAGUGCCGACGCCUCCUCGAGUACCUCACCCAACCCGCCCAGCAGGCCGACAAUCAAAACGUCAAGAAGCUCUCCACGGCCGAUCUGACCAUGGCGCGCAAGGUACUCCUCGAGAUCGAACCGUACGAGAGGACGAAGCAGCAUCUCGACCUGGCCAGGGCCCUCGAUGCCGUCUGGCAGUCGGGCGAAUAUCAUGGCAAGGACAAGGACGCGCAGGAGCUCUGGAGCCACCUUGUGCGCGCCAUGUGUCGAUACGGCGGCGCCAGGGAGGCCCUCGCGGAGCUGUACGCCAAGUGGGACGACCCCAGCUAUUCCAGAUAUAUCGCGACAGCGGGAGACGAACGAGUCCUCGAGGACGUCGCCCGCGGACUCGCCGACGAGGGCCACGAGAAGGACCUCGUUGAGCUCAUUGAGCGAGACGACGUCGCCUACACACCCAGACUACAAGAGAUUGUCACCACACACUAUGCCCGGCAGAGCCGGGUCCCCGAGACCCAGAAGUGGUUCACCAAGCCUCUAGCCGCCGGGCUGCCGCGCCCUUCGACAUACCACGCUGUAGCAGCAUUCGCAUCCAGGAACGGCCUGGUGGACUGGGUGACGCCCUUCCUUCUGGAGCUGGGCCAGGCCCAACCCCGUAAGACGUACUGGGAUGCCCUGCUCCGGUCCAUGCUUCUCGCGGGCAUACCCCUCGACGAGGUCCGGACCAUGAUGUCCCAUAUGAUGGGACAAAACGGGCCCUUAUCGCCCGAUACGGCCACGGCGAACGCCAUGCUCAGGGCGGCCGCCGAGCUGGGGGAUCGCGAGCUGGCGGAAGGCAUUCUGUCGAUAGCAUCGGAGAAGUGGAUCCGGCUAGACGGCGAGUCGUACCUCAUCCUGCUGUCGCUGCACGUUGCGGCCGGGUCGGUGGCCGAUGCCAAGGCGGCGUUCGACCAGAUGACCAACGUCGGCUCUCUAUCGGGCGAUUCGACAACGCUGUGGGCCGAGUACGACGACACCAUGAACCGCUACCUGGUGCUCCUGUGCCGGCAGAGACCCCCGGACUUCAAGCUGCUGCUGGAGCUGCUGAGCGUGGUGGAGGAGGAGCGACUGCACCUGAGACCAGAGACGGUCGCCCGGCUGUGCCUGCGCUUCCUCGAGAACGACCAGUUUUUUGACGUUAUGGAUAUCCUGUCCAUCCACGCCUUCACAUACAGCGAGGCGCAGCGCGAUGUGGUCCAAGAGUCGUUCUUCCGGUUCUGCGUCGACGCCAACACGAGCACGUCCCGCGCCUGGGGCACGUACCAGCUCCUGCAGCAGUUCUUCCAGGACCUCAGCUUCGACCGGCGCGUCCUCCUCCUCGAGGCCUUCUUCGACCGGCGCAGGCCCGACAUGGCCACCCACGUCUUCAGCCACAUGCGGCAGCACGGCAACGUGGCCUUCCAGCCCAGGCUGGACACGUACGUCCGGUGCUUCGAGGGCUUCUCCCGCAACCCAGACCGCGAGGGCACCGAGUCAGUGCACAACAUGCUCAAGAUGGACCCGCGCGUCCGACCGGACACGAGGCUCAACACGGCCCUCAUGCUCGCCUACGCCGCGUGCGAGAGGCCGCUCAAGGCCCUCGACUUCUGGAGCGAGAUCAAGCAGUCGCCCGACGGACCCUCGUACGCCAGCCUAGAGGCCGUCUUCUGGACGCUCGAGCGGAAGUCGGGCGGAGGCACCAUGGCCAGAGAGAUCUGGGACAAGAUCGAGGCCAUGGAUCUCGAGGUGCCGACGCAGGUCUACACGGCGUAUAUGGGCGCUAUUGCCGCCUCUGCCAACCAGACCGAGGCGAGGAGUCUGCUGACCAAGAUGGCGUCUUAUACCGGUUCUGAGCCGGAUGCCAUGGCACUGGGUAUCGUCUUCAAUGCGCUACCCGGCGAUAAACUUCAGGCUGAGUUCAAAGAAUGGGCGGCCAAAAAGUACCGCCAAGCCUGGGCCGAGUUGCAGAAGAAGAGGAAACGUAGGACGGAACUCGGCGUAUGCCAAUACAAACUUGACAGAGUUGUCAAGGCCUAA